AUGGACUCCCACAAUGUCAUGGCCGCUCUCAUCGACCCGCGGCUCCAGAUGAUGGACCCUGGAACCACCGCUGGAAACAUGCACUAUCCCCUGCCAACAUCGUUCGGCUCGUGGAGCUCUUUGUUCGAGGACUUUCCACCGCUCGUGCAGGACAUGGGCAUGAUGGAAACCGAGUUCCAGAGCGAUUCAGCCUCUCUCGUGUCUCCCUUGCGCAAGACUGAACACGACUUCGGCUCCCCACUGUCCCCAUUGGAAGACAUCCUCGACAUGGACGAAUCGCCCGGAAACACGUCCAUUUUCGCAGGACUCUCCGAGGGCGGCACCAGCGGCACAGAAAAGAAGGCGCCAAAGACCACAACAAACACUAAGGGUAGAAAGGGUCGCCGACGCCGCUGCAGCGAGACAGAAAAGAGGGACAUGAUCAAGCAGCGCAACCGGGUCGCCGCCUCAAAGUGCCGGCAGAAGAAGAAGGAAAAGGUCGACGAGCUCAAGGAGAUAAAGGCGGCCCUCGAGGCGCGCAACACCGACCUCCACCUCGAGUACCAGCGCCUCCGCCAGGAGCUCGGCCAGGUCAAGAGCCAUCUGAUCCACCACACCGACUGCAACGACCCCAACAUUGACCGCUGGGUCGAGAGCGAGGCCAAGGGCUACGUGCAGAAGCUCGUGCGCAACAGCGAGCAGCGGCGCCUGAACAGCAUCGGCAGCGUCAGUAGCAUCGGCAGCAGCGAUAGCGUCGUAGACGGCAUUCGCAUGCACUCUCUCCAGACGACGGUGAUGCCUUCGGAAGAUGCGUACAUGGGAUGA